AUGUCGGCCCUCUCAGAGGCCUCCACGCCGGCCCAGGACGCGGCCCCUCCGUCGAUCGACACGCAACAACUGCAACAACAUAACCAGCAGCUCGCUUCAGACCUCGGCCAACAGGCACAGCAGCCUGGCUCCGGCUCGUCCUCCGCCCCGCCCGCCGACGGCGGCCGCAAGCCCAAGGCGCCCUCCGUUCGAAGGGCCUGCACCGCCUGCCACGCCGGAAAAACAAGAUGUAGCGAAGUCCUCCCUUGCCAGAGCUGCUUGAAGAGGGGCAUGGGGGCAUCAUGCACCUACCCCGAUCCGGACGCCGCCGAUACACACCAGCCCCAGACUGCCCCCCCGCAAGUUCCCCCCUUUGCCGCCGCCAUGCCGUACCCUCCACCCAUGCAAGGCCUCACCCACCCACACUACUACGACUACAACAGCACAUUCCCCGCCAACCCAAACCCAGGCGCCUCGACGUCCACAUUCCGGCCCGCGAAACGUCCACGGCCGCUGACCGAAGAGGAGGCCGCCGCCAUCACGCGCAACUUCACCCGCGGCGACUUCUUCGUCGGCUCCAGUGCCCCCGUCCGCAUCGACCCCCGCUUGCCCGUCCGCCUCACGCUUGCCGAAGGCGAUCAGGUCCACUUCUCCAUCGGCGAGGCCAUUGUCUGAUCUCUGCCAUCUUGCGUCCCUGCUGUGCUGUGUUACCCCCGUUGUAGAUACGAGUGAUGGACUUGCAGUUUGCAUUGCUGUCGGUUAGCUUUCUUGGCACCCAUGGUCGUCCUAUGUAUGUAUACGUUGUCUCCGAGUCGUCUAUCCGUCCCAAUAUAUAGGGUGAUCCCUUU